AUGGCAUACUUUUUCGCAUCCCCCGUCGAUGUUGACAUCAAAUUGGAAGGGGAAGAGCUGCGGAAGCAGGUGGACAUAAAGACUGACAAGGAGCGCACAGCCUCGUCUCCAGUCUAUUAUGACGGUGACUCAGUGACAGGGCAGGUGACCAUUCGCGUUCGCGAUGGAAAGCGAAUGACUCAUGAGGGCAUCAAGGUUGAAUUCGUUGGUAGCAUUGAGUUGUUCUACGAUCGGGGGCACCAUCACGAAUUCUUAUCAUUAUCUCAAGAAUUGGCAUCGCCUGGGGACCUGCGCCAAGCUCAGACUUUUGACUUCCUCUUCAAGAAUGUCGAGAAGCAAUUCGAGAGUUACCAGGGCAUCAACGUCAAGCUACGCUACUUUAUACGAGUAUCUGUUGCAAGGCGAAUGGCGGAUGUUACGAAGGAGAGAGAUAUCUGGGUACACUCGUAUCGCAUGCCUCCAGACAGUAACAAUUCCAUCAAGAUGGAGGUCGGCAUUGAGGAUUGUCUGCACAUUGAAUUCGAAUACAACAAGUCAAAAUAUCACCUGAAGGACGUGAUUGUUGGCAAGAUAUAUUUUUUGCUUGUUCGUAUCAAAAUCAAGCAUAUGGAGCUUUCUAUAAUACGACGCGAGACAACUGGCUCCCCACCAAAUCAGUACAAUGAGAGUGAGACAAUCACAAAGUUUGAAAUCAUGGAUGGCGCUCCUGUCAGAGGAGAAACCAUCCCUAUUCGACUAUUUCUCGGUGGCUUUGAUCUCACACCGACGUUUCGCGAAGUGAACAAGAAAUUUAGCACACGUUACUACCUGAAUCUUGUGCUUAUCGAUGAGGAGAAUCGGCGGUACUUCAAACAACAGGAAAUAACGAUAUUUAGGAUACCAGAGUCUCAUGUAAUGAUGCUAGCUUCUGCAUUUGACGCAUUCUACCCAUGA